AUGCCUCUUAAAGGCCGGAAGCUCCCAUCUUCUGCCUCAUAUGAUUUCCCUCGAGUGUUCAGACCAUUAAGAACCCAUCAACCAUCGAGCACCCUCUCGGUUUCUUCCAUCCCAAAUCCAUUGCUGGGACAUCAGACCAGCACUCCGUACUCCAAGCAGCCCACACCAACCCCUUUGUACUUUCCCAUCGGCUACAUUACAUCUCUCAAGAUGACUCGUUCUCACAAGUUCGGUGACAAGGACCAUGCCGGCCUGGCGGACGGCACCGUCCUGCCGCAUGAAACCCUGCCCAAGUUCUUCGCCAAGAACGGCUUCGCCGAUGCCGACCCUAAAAAGACCAAGAAGAAUGGCGGUGGUCGGGCCAACUGGGGCAACGUUGGUGACGAGGUGGUGGACGGAGACUUCAACUUCCACAAUGCCCGCCGUCGCUCCAAUAGCAGUAGCUUGUCGAGCAACAUCGAUAACCUCAAGACCAAGUUCGAGGUGAACGAACCGGAGCCCGUCUUCGAGGAGAACAUGGGUCCCGAGGACGAGGAAGGCAAGACCGAGACCCCGUCGAGCGGCUCCAGCGUCGACGACAACAAGUCCCACAAGGAGAUGUAA